GAGCUUGUGAGUGAGAAGCUGCGGACUCAGCAGAUGAAUAAUGAUCUGGAGAAACUGACCCAUGAGUUGGAGAAGAUUGGACUGAACAAGGAAAGGCUGCUGCAUGAUGAGAACUCAGACGACAGGUUCAAGCUCCUGGAAACCAAACUGGAGUCGACACUGAAGUCAUCGUUGGAGAUCAAAGAGGAGAAGAUCGCCGCCCUGGAGGCCAGACUGCAGGAGUCGUCCAACCUCAACCAGCAACUUCGCCAGGAACUCAAGACGGUGAAGAAAAACUACGAAGCGCUGCGUCAGAGGGAGGAGGAGGAGAGGAUGGUGCAGAGCUCGCCCCCUAGAGGAGGAGAGGAACCCCAGUCUCUCAGCAAAUGGGAGAAGGAAAGCCACGAAGCCACCAGGGAGCUUCUGAAAGUCAAAGACAGACUCAUCGAGGUGGAGAGGAAUAAUGCCACGCUGCAGGCUGAGAAGGUGGCUCUUAGGAGUCAGCUCAAACAGCUGGAGACUCAAAGCUCCAACCUGCAGGCUCAGAUAGUGGCGCUGCACAGACAGACCGCCUCCUUGCAGGAGAACAACACGUCGCUACAGACACAGAACGCCAAGCUGCAGGUUGAGAACUCCACCCUGAGCUCGCAGAGUGCCACCCUCAUGGCCCAGAAUGCCCAGCUGCAGACUCAGCAGAGCAGCGUGGAGGGCGAGCGUGAGGGAGCGCUGAAGGAGAAGGAGGAGCUGAGGGCCACCUACGAGCUGCUCCUCCGCGACCACGAGAAGCUUGCGGCGCUGCACGAGAGGCAGGCGGUCGAGUAUGAGGCACUGAUCGGAAAGCAUGGGGGCCUGAAGACCUCCCACAAGAGCCUGGAGCAGCAGCACAGGGACCUGGAGGACCGGUACAAGCAGCUGCUGCAGAGGAAGGUGGAGCUGGAGGAACUGGAGAAGAAUCUGAAGGAGCAGCAGGAGAAGAUGGCUCUGGAGAAUCAAACACACCGAGACACAGCUGAUCAAUGCAAACUUCUCAAAGAGGAACACGAUAG